GUCGCACCGGGGCACGUUUGAGUUCUUCCUCAUCACAACAAAACUUUGGAUGAAACAAUGCCAACAAGUAAAAGCGACGCGCAAAGGGUUCAAAGUUCUUUUGAGCACACGGCGACUCCAGCGGAUUUCACUUUUUAGACCGAAAACUACAAACAUUUGAUUUCCACUCCUUACUACAAUGAUUAUUGUGCUUCGAAUUCUGACCCAAACAUUCAGCCGCUCGGCGUCAGUACUCAUCGAUGCGUAAAAGGCCGAACGCUGGAUGAUCAUUAGCUAGUGACAGCAAUAAAAGCACAUGAACGAGGCAGCCAUGGGCGAAAGGUCCAACCAUAAAGUAGUUAGCUUGUUUGAAAAGCUCCACGCCCAAGUGGUAAACAGGGCCAGCCGUCGCCUCAUUGGUUCGCUCAUGUCGUCUCGGCAGAGGGCCGGACGCUUGAUCAAUAAAAGCACAUCCAGAUAAGAAAUCCGCAUCAGAGGGGAAUUUCGACGACCUGAACCAGAGCAGCUGAAGCUAGCAAGCAAAGCCUCACGAUGUCGUCUUUUGGACUGGAACUGGCCGGCGUGUCGGUGGCGGUGGUGGGUUGGCUUCUGAGCGUGGUGAGCUGCGCGCUGCCCAUGUGGCGGGUGUCGGCCUUCAUCGGCGCCAACAUUGUGACGGCGCAAGUGUACUGGGAAGGUCUGUGGAUGAGCUGCGUGUUCCAGAGCACGGGCCAGAUGCAGUGCAAGGUCUACGACUCCAUGCUGGCACUGCCCCCGGACCUUCAGGCGGCUCGCGCCCUCACCGUGGUGUCCAUCAUCAUCGGCGUUCUGGCUCUGCUCAUCUCCAUGGUGGGCGCCAAGUGCACCAAUUGCAUUGAAGACGAAGGCGUCAAAGCCCGGGUGACCAUCACGUCCGGCGCCGCCUUUAUCGUGGCGGCACUGGCCGAGCUGGUACCUGUAUCCUGGUCGGCCAACACCAUCGUGGUGGAGUUCUACAGCCCCGUCGUUCUGUCGGGACAGAAGAUGGAGAUCGGGGCGGCGCUGUACCUGGGCUGGGCCGCCGCGUUGUUGCUCCUGGUCGGGGGAGCCAUCCUGUGCUGCAGCUGCCCCCCUCAAGAAGAGAAGCCCGGCAGGUAUGGCGUGCAUCCCCUCUCUCGCGUGGCCUACUCAGCCACCCCGGCCAGGUCCGUCGCCCAGAGCUCCUACAACAGGAAGGACUACGUGUGAGCUCCAGGACACCACGCGCUUGAUGACCCAGAUUCUUGUCUGGACGGACGCUAGCAUUAACAUCGACUUGCGACUGCUUUUCCUGAAGCUCGCACCAGGAAACAACUGGUGAGAACCAACCACAACCGGACCAAGCCAGUUGACUGAAGAACGUCAUGUGAUGUUCUGGACCAGUCUGGAGGUGUCUUUCUAUUUAUUUGACUGCUGUGGACGUUUGUAGCUUGUGUGGACACGGUGUGCCGUCGCCUUUUGUUGCCACGGAGACAAAGACAAUGAGUCUGACCGACAAAAUGGAAUUGGAGCGCUCGUAAACUGAGAAAUCAAUGUUGAUAAAGUUUUGAUUUGAAUGUCGCAAUCAUUUUUGGUUGAAAAAAAUCAGCAAAUACUAGCAAAAUGAUCUGGAGAUUUUUGUCUUUAUGUUUUCAUAUCGGAGAUAUAUUAAAACUUGUA